AUGGCGUCGCCCACGGUGACCUCUGCCAUGCCCGCGGUGCCCGAGUGGGCGCACCCCACGCCGUCGCCCUCGCUGAUGGUUCGCAUGCCGGACCCGAAGGCUUGGCAAGCGCCGAACUUCGGUUCCAUGCUGAAUGGCAAAGCCAUGGCACCGGACCCACAGGCGGAGAACAUCCGAGCGCUCUUGUCGCAGGUCUGUGCGCCAUUUGUCCAGGGUAUGCUGAAUGCGGUGGAGCAGCUCGUGGAGAAAGAGGUCGAACGACAGGUGAAACAGCUUCGCCAGCAGGAUCAAAUCCCAGCCAUGCCACCGUGGGCGCCCCGGCGCCUGAGCCGGGAACAGCAGCACAGCUACGGCGAUGCCAUGGCCUUCGGAAAAGUCUUCGACGCGCAUGCUGCUCCAGGUGAGGAUUCCAUGAAGCUUGGGAAUGUCUCUGCGGUUCCAUUGCCUGAGGAGUCGUCUGAGGAUGAGGCUGAAGCAGAAGGCGACCAGCGAGGACGCUUUCAGGCGCUCUUCGGCGGGAAAGUGCCCACAUCGUGUUCCAGGUCCUCCUCGCGCUCCAAGUCCGAGUCCUCAGAGGAACCAAAUCCCUCAGGCUUUGGUGGGCAGGCGGAAACGGACAAGGACCCCCUCUACCUGCAAUGGUCCCAAGGCCAAGCCAUGGGAGAUCGACCCGCGCUGACCCCCACGGUGUCCCCGGUGGCGCCGCACCUGGCCCCGGGGGGCGCCAUGGGACUUAAUGUACCAGCAGAGAGCCACAAUGCUGACAGUCCCGGCGGACAGGCCAAGUCUGCGGUGGUCUGCCGACACUGGAAGUCCAAGGGCUGGUGCCGCAUGGGCAACGAGUGCAAGUUUGCCCACCCAGAGCACAAAUGCGGAGCAGGAUUGCCGGCCAAGAAGGACAAAGACAAGGCCGCGAAUCUCGGCAGAGCAGAAGAGGGACAAGCACAGGAGAAGAAAAGUGAAAAGCCAAAGGCAAAGAAGAACAAAGGACAAGUUGGACAGGGUAAAGAGGUGCAAGUUGGGGAUGCGGCGACAUUGGUGCUUAUGGGGUUGGACCGGACGGCUAUCCCAUCGACGUGA